GCCAUCUAGCGCGCGGGAUCUCGUCGCGACGGUUCGAGGUAGCGUGUGCGCGCGCACGCGGCGUUUACCCGGUAACUCCGGUCCUCGGCGAUUCAUAGUAAGCAGCGACUCGCGGCUGUAUAGACGGCUGCGAUCGGUGGACAGGCGAGAGAGCGAUCCUCAGCGCGAUCUAUUCCGGCGCGGAACUGCUCCAGCUAUGCGAUUUCCCGCGGCAGCCGGAGAGGCCCGCGCGUAAGGAACGCGGUCUCGUCGGCUCGCUCGGCUUCUUCGAGCUGGCUUGCCCGGACGCUGUUAAUCGCGAGCGUGCGCGUGCCCCUUUCGGCCACGGCCGUUUAUCGAUGCGCCUGCGAUAAGAAGAAUCUUAGACGGCAGCUCGCUUCGUCCGAAGCUUCGUCGGCGGCGACGGCGGCGGCGGCUCGGAGCGGAGGCAGAGACGCAGAGGCGGCGGCAGUGGCGGUGGAGGCGGGGAGGCGGAGGCGGGGAAGCUGUUCAUCGAACGGAACAGCCGCGCGCGCGGUGUGUGAUACGGACGGAGCUGUGUGUCGUACGGUUGGUGAAACGGGCGCACGGGGCAUAUCUCUCUCUCUCGCUCGGGGACAAGAAGGCGGCGGCUGGCGAUUCCUUUGUAGUUGCCGGUACUUGUACGAGGCUCGAAAAUGGCAGACCCGAGCCAACAAGCAUUGAGUGAGCCACAUACGAACGGAGCGGUGGACGGUUUAACGGAAGAGGAAAAAAGCAAGAUGAGACCCGCCGAUAUCGAUGCGGACAUGAGAGAGAUGGAGAGGAGAAAGAGGGUCGAGAUGAUGAUGAAUUCACGAAUCUUCCGAGAAGAACUGGAACGCAUAAUUGAGACACAGAUGAAGGACGGUGCUGGACCCUCCGGUCUUCUGCAACAGAUCUCCGACAUGAUGGGUGCACAAGGAGCUCGAUUCAACGGCAAUGUGUUCAAAAAUUCAAAUUGCGUCUUGCCCAUCAACGAUAUUCGCGGCGUAGAAAGCAUGGGAUACGCCAAGGGUGAAAAGUUGCUGCGAUGCAAAUUGGCGGCGGUAUUCAGAUUGCUCGAUCUGUACGGAUGGACUCAAGGUGUCGGCGGACAAAUCACCGCUCGUCUCAACCAGGAUCAGGAGCACUUUUUGGUGAAUCCUUACGGGCUGCUCUAUCACGAGGUCACCGCUUCGAGUUUGAUCAAGGUGGACAUGCAAGGCGCGGUUGUCGAACAAGGAACGACCAACUUCGGCGUACACAUCACGGGUUUUCAAUUGCACUCGACGAUACACGCUGCCAGGCCUGACAUCAAGUGCAUUAUUCAUAUUACUACUCCGUCCGUAACCGCUAUCUCCUCCUUGAAAUGCGGAUUACUACCGAUCGGUCAGGAGAGCAUAGUGAUAGGCGAAGUGAGCAGCCAUCAGUACAUAGGAGGUUCGGUCGAGCCAGAAGAACGCGAGAAGAUCGCUCGUAACCUCGGACCGGUCAAUAAGGUUAUGCUUCUGACGAAUCGCGGUGCUCUUUGCUGCGGAGAAACAGUGGAAGAGGCGUUCUUUAACGUUUACAAUACCGUAGUUGCAUGCGAGACGCAACUGAAGUUAAUGCCCGCGGGCGUAGACAAUCUAAACCUUAUCAGCGAGGAAUCGAAGAAAGCUAUAUUCGAAGCCUCGAGGAAGCCACCAAGUCCUCAGCAGCAAAGCACAGCGGUGGAAUCGUCCGCUCUCGCUGAAAAACUGGAGAAACGCUGGAGAAUUGGCGGUGCGGAGUUUGAGGCUCUCAUGAGAAUGCUCGAUAAUGCUGGAUUCCGUACGGGCUACAUAUAUAGAAAUCCUCUUAUAAAGGGAGAGCCGCCAAGACCGCGAAACGAUGUUGAAGUACCCCCUGCUGUGUCGUCUUUGGGAUAUCUGCUCGAAGAGGAAGAAUUGUACAAGCAAGGGCUGUGGAAAGGCGGACGUAAAGGCACUGACAGAUCCCGUUGGUUAAAUUCGCCAAAUGUUUACCAAAAGGUCGAGAUCCUGGAAACUGGAACACCCGAUCCUAAAAAGAUCACCAAGUGGGUGUCUGACGGAUCUCCUACCCAUAGCAGCACGCCGGUGAAGAUAGACGGUGCUCUACAGUUUGUACCGAAAAAUACCAACCCAAAGGAGUUCAAACAAAUACAGCAGCAGAUUAAAGAUUACCGGCGAGCAGACAAGAUAUCAGCUGGUCCUCAGUCUCACAUAUUAGAGGGUGUCUCAUGGGAAGAAGCUAAGAAAAUGCAGGACGCGACGAUUAGUGGUACUGGAGAGCAAGUAGUCUUAGUGGGAGCUGCUAGCAAAGGUAUUAUACAACGUGGUUUCCAACACAAUGCGAUGGUAUACAAGACACCCUAUGCCAAAAAUCCCUUCGACGCCGUCACGGAUCAAGAAUUGGAUCAGUAUAAGAGAGAGAUCGAACGCAAACAGAAGGGAGAUCCUUACGAUGAAUCACAGUCAGAAUCCGAGGCCUUGUCGUCCUUUAACAUCAGUCGCGCGACGCAUGAAUCCAGCACUGCCAAGAGUCCUAUUCAAUCACCGGUUUCUGUUACUUCGGAAACGGAGGAGGAGAGUAGAGACGAACCCCGAGUAUUGCGAAUAGAAACGAAACAAGUGCCUGCGCCGAGUCAACCCGAAGUCGUGUUGAGCGACGUGAAUGAUGCUACUGCAGAGUACCUCAACGAGAUGCGCAGCAGAACGAUCGAGCGACAGGGCGAUUACAAAGGAGAUUGCGAACUAUCCAGCAGUUACAGCAGCGCGAGCAGCGAGCGUGUGCUAAUGUACCGUGCCGACCGACGGCUCUCUGAGCCUCUUUACGAUCGUCUUCACCUGGAGAACGUUCGAAUCACGACUACCGCUGAGCGAAAGAAACCUGUUCUGAUCACACGCUCGAGAACGCUCGCUCACAGCCAGAGUAUCAAGUUACAGUCGACCGAUGAGUUGUUCAAGUCGCGGUACGAAGCAAGACGGAAGUUCUUCCAAGACUUGGAGUAUCAGCAAGCCGCGGUGAAGCCGUCGGCCACGUUGCCAGGAACAAUGAAAGCGACUAACGAUGAGGGUGUGUGCGAGCGAAGUUCCACGGUGGAGCCGAGCGAAGAUACGCAUGAGAUACGUUCUGCAGAAGUGUACGACGCAUCUCAGACGAGCACAAGUCCGGAAAGACUGGACAAGAAGUCAAAUGACGAGGAGCGUACGAGCGACAUCGCGGUGUAUCCGGUAAAAUGGAAGAACAUCGCGAAAGCGAAUUCUGUAGAAAUUGUUAACGUGAAGGAAACCGAGCCGAGUCCUCAUGACAUCGCUACAUCUUGCACAAACGAUGAUAAUAAAAUCGAGAAAAAGGAGAGACUUCUCGAAGAGGUCGAAUGUUGUGAAUCGUCGAUCAAGGAGGUCGUUUCCACAGUAAAGGGAGCUCCUCCGGGAAGUAAGGGGGAAAGCAACGAUUCUGUAGAUUCAACAUUCGACUUAGCGAAUAAGAAAUUGCAGGAGCAACAUAUGAUAACGACAACAAUGACGAUGACGAUGAAAGAAGGAACACUUUUCCGCAUCUGCACCGAGCCAUCUCAACGAGAUAGUAACGAUGAAGAGAAUUCACAGUUGUUAAACGGUUCACCUCCCGAAAAAUGCCGCGAAAACGCUGGCGUCACGGCGAGUAAAGUUGAAGGUACGUCGGACGAAGAGACGAACGACAACUGUGUGCUGAAAACGCAAGAUACCGGAUCGUGGGUUAGGAGUCCCGUCUGUGAGAGCGAUCGUCCGUACAGAGAAGAGACCGACACGCCCGAGUCGUAUUACGACGAUCUCGUGAAGAUGAUCGAGAGCAUGGAUACAAAUAUCACUUCGUCGAGAACAGAGCUGGACGCUCUGCCCAACACCGACACCUGCGUCAAGUACAACCUGGACGCGACGAAUAUGAGUCUGAUUUACAGCCUGACUCCGUCCAUAGCCGUCGACCACGAAGACAGCGGCAACGACGACAACACGUCGCAGGAUCUGGCGGAACGCUCGGACUGGCACGGCUCCGAUGCGACCAGAAGCGACGGCAGCGACGCGUCGCGCGAUUACAUAUGGAUGGAAUCGACGAGCGUGGACGUGAAACCGUUACCGGAUUGCCCGUACGAUUGUCGCGAGGCGUCAAGCGACAGCGGCAGCUGCGAGCUCGACCCGCGAUCCGCGAGCUCCGGCUCCGACAUACUCGAGCUGCCGAGCUGCACGGUUCUCGAACUGUCGGAUAUCGACGGCGAGGUGUUCCACAACGGGAUCAACGAGUCCACCAAUGAAAUCAUCGCCGAUCUCAACGCUUCCGGCGAGACCAUGCGCUACGACUCCUUGUUGAUCGCACGGUUAAUCGUCACCGAGGUCAUCGAGAACGUUUACAUUCUCUCAUACUUAGACUCUUCCAUCUACAACUUGGGCAUCGUGAAGGAAGUCGUGCACAACCUCAUCGACAAUUACCACCGGGAAUGCUUGUUACUGACCGAUGGGUGCGCUCUUGGUGAAUCUUGCGAGUCGUGCGACGUCCUGGCGACGAGCACAACCGCCGAUGAUGACGUUUGUCAGAUCAAAAGCUUCUUGGGAAACUCGUCGCCGGACUUUCGCCGCGACGAUCGAGCUGAGGCGCGCGAGCAGGGCGACCGAUCCUCCGCUGUGAUGGAGUUUUGCACGGUGGCGAAGAGACUGCCACUCGUUGUCGCCGACGACAGGACUCUGGAAUUGAACUUUCGCGUUCUCAAAGUCGCAGACGGAAGUGGCAACAAGCGACCGGAUGCUCCGGUCAACGAUAUGGAGGGCAAUACGACUUACAGGAUGGACCAAGAUCAUCUGAUGACCGUGAAGAACCUCAACAAGAGGAGUUACAACGAAGAGGUGGUCCUGAUGAGGUCAGACAUCGAGACGUGCGAGCAGUGUUCUUAUUGCCGCGAGCUCAACGACCUGGACAGCAGCCGUUUGACGCCUAUCAAUGAGGAGGAGCCGAACGAGGUAGCGUACGAGUACGUCGACGAUUGUUCCACGUCCGCUUUGUUGGAGGAUUCUCACGACUCGUCGUCGUUUCAACUGGCAAGCCACUUGGUCGACGAGAGCGCGGAGGAUUCCGUGAAGAAAGUCAUGUCGCUCGACGACACUUACACGAUCUCCGAGUACAGCGAUAACGACGAGAGGAGCGAUCCUCAGGAACGCUACGACUCCGUCUGGAACUCGCCGCUGGACUUGUAUUCGUACGACACCAAAGAGUUCAUACGCUUGGAGAAAGCCAUCGUGGAGAAGUCGCGAUUGAACGCAUAAUUAGAACGCGUUAUUCGCCGUGUGGAGCGUGGGAUUUGUAUCGUAAACUUUGCGAUUGAUCAAUUGAACCGCCAUAAAAUGUCGGUCCUUCCCGAGCGAAAUUGGAGAGGAAGUAUUUUAAUUAAUCGAUUUGAUGGCACGCGCCUCCUCGUUGACGAGUUGAACAUACGCGUGUCGCCUGAUUCGUCUUAAGCAGUCGAUGAUAGAAGUUUUACGUUCUCGGCGUUGGUGUUUAUAUUUCUCAGAUGUGUGAUAUUGUUAUAUACCG